UUAGGACUUUAAAAAACUACAAAAGGAACAAUGAAUAGACUUAGCUAUUAAUUUUAAAAGUAUACCAUGACACCUUUGUGAAUAUUGUAUUCGUUAAAAAGAACUAUUAUUUAAUGAUGCAACAUGUUAGUAAUGAUCAUAUAACACACGAAGAAAAUGCAACACAUUUGCAACAAACAAAUUUAGUCAAAUCUUUUACCUUAUCAAAGAAUCCUCAUGAUAUAGAGGAUGAUAUCCAUUCAGAAUCAAGUCAGAAGAGUAGUGACCUGCCAAAUGUCACACAAUUUUUAUGCAAUACAGAUACUAGUGAAAUGCUUUCUUUAGUUGACAAUGGUUUACAAAAAAGUGAUGAUGAAACUGUUGUUACCACUUCUAACUUUUCUCGCCUUCACUCUAACCAAAAACUAGCUACGAAUAAUGCGUCUACAGAAACCUUUUCAUCCAAUCAAGACACUCCGCUGAGUCACAACGUUCUUGUAAAUCAAGAUAUUCCAUUAACAGAAGAAUUUUCAGAAACAAAAGAUAUCAAUGUUCAAGUACGUUAUUUACUAGGAAAGCUUAAUCACGAGGAAGAAAAACUGAAUCAUGUGUUGCGUCUUAACGAAGAAUUACAAAAACAUUGCAAAAAUUUACAAAACAAUAUAGACACACGAGACGAAAAACUUGGCAUCUCUCAUAAGGUUCCAAAGAAUAUAGAAGAUUCAUGUAAAAAUGAAAAAAACGUGGAUUUGUAUAGAAAAGAACUACAAAGUAGAAGCGAAGAGUUAGCAGAAACCAAAGUACUUCUUGCCGCGCUUUGUGAGGACAAAGAAAAAACUGAACGUUUAAACCAAGAUCAUAUAAAAUUUCUUCAAUGUUAUCAUCCAUCCCUUAUAAAAGAAUUUAAUUCCUGGCGUGAACGGCAACAUUUUAAUGAUUCGGAAUCCUUAGCAAAUCAAAGACUAGCUACGAAAAUUGGAGGAAAAAAGAAAAAAAAUUUAUUCAAAAUGUUACAAAAUAAAGCAAUGAACAAUUACAUGUUUUUUAGUGCAGUCUAAAUAGUUAGAAUAUUUCUUUAAUUUUUUUUUUGUUAUCAGAAUAAUAUUGUAAACGCCUUAUUUUUUUAUCUUAAUUCUUAAAGAAUUUUUUAAAAGUUAAUAGGGUUUUUUUUUUAUUUAACACUAUUUUUUUUUUUUCAAAAAACAUUUUUAAAAGAAAAAUUGUUGGCAAUGAAACCCCAAUUUUUUAUGUUGACCC